CUUUAACAUUCGUCUGCAGUUAUGAGCUUCAUGUCCUAUGCCCAUCCAACUGCUCAUACUGAGACUCAAAACCUACUUUUUUCAACUCUCCCAAGUUUGGCGUGAGCACAGAACGGUCACGUGCGAAAAUACCUGGCGGCCGCGACUGCACAUGCCCGAGUUGUUCCGUUUCGGAACAUAGCUCCUCCGGCGCCGACGUAUCUAUUACACAUCUAAUGGUUUUCUUCUGAUGACUGCUCCAUGACUGGCUCUUUGACCUGCACGAACAACAUAUGACGUCACUUCCUCCCGGCGUCCUGCCCGACAUCCUCCGACCCGGACACGGCGAUGACCGGCUAUCCAGCGCUCCGAUUCCGAGUCGUCCGGCUGAUCCCCUCAUGUGACCGCAUCUGGCAAGCGUAAAUAGCCUGGGAUCGUCGCGCCAUCGGGCAUUGCAAUCUGCUUGGCCUGCACCAUGUCUCAAGCCACUACUUUGAGUUUAAACCCCUACUCCGCGUUCUUCGAGGCGAAGGCCCGUAAAGGUGUGACAUUCGAUGAUAUAGCGAAGGCGAUCGGGAAGGACGAGGUCUGGGUUGCCGCGGCGCUCUACGGUCAGGCCAAAUUCACGCCAGAAGAAAUCCAGAAGGUGUCCGCCUUCCUUGAUGUUCCGUUCGACAGCGCUGCAGCCGAGACCGGGGACUCCUGGUGGCCUAACCGUGGACUGGGCCCGAUGCCACCCACGGAUCCUGUGAUUUAUCGGCUCUACGAGAGCGUGCUAGUCUAUGGCCAUGCCAUCAAAGCGAUCAUCCACGAAAAGUUCGGGGAUGGGAUUAUGAGCAUGAUUGACUGCAAGGUCAACAUCACUAAGAAGCCCGAUCCGAAGGGGGACCGAGUUGUCCUCACCUUUGAUGGCAAGUUCUUGCCAUAUGCCAAGUGGUGAAGAGGGAAGACUCGGUGUAAAUGGACCAUCCAUGUAUAAAUGUAUCUCGCGCAAAGCAAGUGUACUCGAAUGUAUAUACUGGGUGAAAGCACCCGGGGAAAUUACUGAAUCUAGGAUAC